GCGGAGCUCGGGCUGGGCUCGCAAGGUGGGGAGGUGCAGGGCUGGGCAGUGGAGAGGCGGGGCACGCGCUGGCGAGAAUCCCUCCCUCCUGCUUUCUUGGCGGUCGAGGGUUUGCCUUUUCAGAUCCUCCACCUAGCUGGGAUCCAAAGAGCUAACACCACCAAGGGGGCGCGGCCGGGACCAUCUAGGGUGCCGGGUGCCCAAAGUCGGGCACGGUGACCUGUCCACCCAGCCAGCGGGAGAGUAGAUCCACGGACCUGGAGAGGAUUGGAGAAGCGCCACCCCGGAGCAGACGUGAAGCUGGCUGGACUAGGGCAAGAAAUUGCCUAGGACUUCGAGCGCAGUGGCGCUGCGGGCUCGGGUGUCCUCUGGCGGCGCCUGGAGCAGGUGAACCGUUCACCACCCCCAGUGUUGAGCGCUCUUGUGUUUUCGCCCGGCCCGGCUCACGCUCGCAGCCAUGGGCCCCGGCCCCCGCCGCGCGCCCCGCGACUCUGGCUGGAUGCUGGGCGCCCUGGCCUUGAUGGUGGCGGCUAGCGGCCGGGUAGCCUUCGCUUUCAACCUGGACACCCGAUUCCUGGUGGUGAAGGAGGCGGUGAACCCGGGUAGCCUUUUCGGCUACUCGGUCGCCCUCCAUCGGCAAACCGAGCGACAGCAGCGCUACCUGCUUCUGGCUGGUGCUCCCCGGGACCUCGCCGUGGCUGACGGCUACACCAACCGGACUGGCGCCGUGUACCUGUGCCCCCUCACCGCCCUCAAGAACGAUUGUGAACGGAUGGACAUCUCAGAGAAAAGUGACCCCGACCAUCACAUUAUUGAGGACAUGUGGCUUGGGGUGACGGUGGCCAGCCAGGGCCCCGCAGGUAGAGUGCUGGUCUGUGCCCAUCGCUAUACCCAGGUGCUAUGGUCUGGCACAGAAGACCAGCGGCGUAUGGUGGGCAAGUGUUAUGUGCGUGGCAACGACUUACAGCUGGACCCCGGCGAUGACUGGCAGACCUACCACAACGAGAUGUGUAACAGCAACACCGACUACUUGCAGACCGGCAUGUGCCAGCUGGGCACCAGCGGUGGCUUCACCCAGAACACCGUGUAUUUCGGUGCCCCUGGUGCCUACAACUGGAAAGGAAACAGCUACAUGAUUCAGCGGAAGGACUGGGAUUUAUCUGAAUAUAGCUACAAGGGCUCCGAGGACCAAGGAAACCUCUAUAUUGGGUACACGGUGCAGGUAGGCAGCGCCAUCCUCCACCCCAAGGACAUCACUGUUGUGACAGGUGCCCCACGGCACCAACAUAUGGGCGCUGUCUUCCUGCUGAGCCAAGAGUCAGGUGGAGACCUGCGGAGGAGGCAGGUGCUGGAGGGCACGCAGGUGGGCGCUUAUUUUGGCAGCGCCAUUGCUCUGGCAGACCUGAACAAUGAUGGGUGGCAGGACCUCCUGGUGGGCGCUCCCUACUACUUCGAACGGAAAGAGGAGGUAGGGGGUGCUGUCUAUGUCUUCAUGAACCAGGCGGGCACGUCCUUCCCGGAUCAACCUUCCCUCCUGCUUCACGGCCCUAGUCGCUCUGGCUUUGGCAUCUCUAUAGCCAGCAUUGGUGAUAUCAACCAGGAUGGAUUCCAGGACAUUGCUGUGGGAGCCCCAUUUGAGGGCUUGGGCACAGUGUACAUCUACCACAGCAGCUCCAGGGGGCUCCUCAGGCAGCCCCAGCAGAUAAUCCACGGAGAGAAACUCGGACUGCCUGGCUUGUCCACCUUCGGCUACUCUCUGAGUGGGAAGAUGGAUGUGGAUGAAAACUUCUAUCCAGACCUGCUAGUGGGAAGCCUGUCAGACCACAUUGUGCUGCUACGGGCUCGACCUGUCAUCAAUAUUCUUCAAAGGACCUUGGUGGCCAGGCCAGCUGUGUUGGACCCCUCGCUUUGUACACCGACCUCCUGUGUUCAGGUGGAGCUGUGCUUUGCCUACAACCAAAGUGCUGGGAACCCCAACUACAGGCGGAACAUUACCCUGGCGUACACACUGGAGGCUGACCGGGACCGCCGGCCCCCCAGGCUCCGAUUUGCCAGCAGCCAAUCGGCUGUGUUUCAUGGUUUCUUCUCCAUGCCGGAGAUGCAUUGCCAGACACUGGAAUUACUACUGAUGGACAAUGUCCGUGAUAAACUCCGUCCCAUCGUUAUUGCCAUGAACUACUCCUUACCUUUGCGCAUGCCCGAUCGCCUGAAGCUGGGCAUGCGGUCUCUGGAUGCCUACCCAGUUCUUAACCAGGCACAGGCUCUGGAGAACCACACUGAGGUCCACUUCCAGAAGGAGUGCGGGCCGGACAACAAGUGCGACAGUAACCUGCAGAUGCGAGCCGCCUUCGUGUCUGAGCAACUGCAGCCUCUAAGCAGGCUCCAGUACAGCAGAGACACCAAGAAACUGUUCUUGAGCAUCAAUGUGACCAAUAUGCCGAGCCACGAGCGUGCUGGGGAAGAUGCCCACGAGGCACUGCUCACCUUGGAGGUGCCACCCGCCCUGUUACUGUCCUCAGUGCGCCCAUCCGGGACCUGCCAAGCUAACGAGACCAUCCUGUGUGAGCUAGGAAACCCCUUCAAACGGAACCAGAGGAUGGAGCUGCUCAUUGCCUUUGAGGUCAUUGGGGUGACCCUGCACACAAGGGACCUUCAGGUGCAGCUGCAGCUCUCCACGUCAAGUCACCAGGACAACUUGCAGCCCAUGACCCUGACUUUGCAGGUGGACUACACGCUCCAGGCCUCACUCAACUUGAUGACACAUCGGCUACAGAGCUUCUUCGGUGGCACAGUAAUGGGUGAGGCUGGCAUGAAAACUGUGGAGGAUGUGGGCAGUCCCCUGAAAUACGAAUUCCAGGUGAGCCCAGUGGGAGAUGGGCUGGCGGCUUUGGGCACACUGGUCCUAGGUCUGGAAUGGCCCUAUGAAGUCGCCAAUGGCAAGUGGCUGCUGUACCCCACGGAGAUCAUCAUCCAUAGCAAUGGGUCCUGGCCCUGCCAGCCACCUGGAAGCCUCGUCAACCCUCUCAACCUUACUCUCUCUGACCCCGGAGACAAGCCACAUUCUCCACAGCGCAGGCGGAGACAGCUGGAUCCCGGGGGAGAACAGGGCCCCCCACCUGUCACACUGGCUGCUGCCAAAAAAGCCAAAUCUGAGACUCUGUUGACCUGUGCCAGUGGCCGUGCCCGCUGUGUGUGGCUGGAGUGCCCCCUUCCUGAUGCCUCCAACAUCACCAACGUGACUGUGAAGGCACGGGUGUGGAACAGCACCUUCAUCGAGGACUACAGAGACUUUGACAGAGUCAGGGUAGAUGGCUGGGCCACUUUGUUCCUACGAACCAGCAUCCCUACCAUCAACAUGGAGAACAAGACCACAUGGUUCUCAGUGGACAUUGACUCAGAGCUGGUGGAGGAGCUGCCUGCUGAGAUUGAGCUGUGGUUGGUCCUUGUGGCUGUCAGUGCCGGGCUGCUGCUUCUAGGGCUCAUCAUCAUCCUUCUGUGGAAGUGUGACUUCUUUAAGCCGACCCGAUACUACCGGAUCAUGCCCAAGUACCAUGCAGUGCGUAUUCGGGAGGAGGAGCGCUACCCGCCUCCAGGGAGCACCCUACCCACCAAGAAGCACUGGGUCACCAGCUGGCAGAUUCGGGACCGAUACUACUGAUAUCCUCCCUGCCACCACUCCCAAUUCUUCCUUUCUUCCUAUUUAUCAUAAAUUAUGACUCCGACAGUCCAAAAGGGGCCACACAAUUGGCUGGCACCAGUAGGCUCAAGCAUAUAUCCCUCUUCAGUGCAGGAAUGUUUUCUGGGGCCCUAGACUCUCCUUCAAGACCUUGUGAUGCUGAGCACAGCACAGCCCUGGACACUGGACAUACAGGGCCUACUGCUAAGGGCCUGUUCAGAUAUACCAUGGAAGAUGCCACGACCAAGCCUCUAUCUGUGCCAAAACCAAGCCAAAGCACCUCUACUGGGAGCCAGGAGGAAAAGGUCCCUGGUGUGGUGACAUCUCUCUUCCACACCAUAUACCCCUUGAGCCAUUGUCCCUGGACUGACUUUUCCGUCCAGAAUAAAACUACUGACGACAAGGACACAGUCGGGCCCAGCUGCAGUUCCUGGCACCCACUGGAGAGUAGGGGAUGUUUCUGUGACUUGUGUGCUCAGACCAAGAGCAAUGAACUUAAAAAAGCAGGUCCCCAGAAUGGGCUUUAUGAAUGGAUCUCCAAAACCUUGGCUACAGAUGGAGUUGGCAAGAAACGCAGCCCAGAGGAACAAAGCAAAACCAUGGACAACCUGGACACACUGUGCUGGGACUGACCUGGAGCAGGGUAGCAUCCUUCAGAGAGCAGGGGAUCAAUCCUGGCCCAGCAGAUAUUGGCAGGAUGCAGGGGAGAUACUUCUGACCCAUCCUGGCCACCUCAGCCUGAGCAAGGCCUGGAGACCCCACAAGACCAUGUGGGGUGUGAUACUUGAAUGUAGGGCAGGGGAGAGGCCAACCCCUGCCUCAGCUGGCCGGACUUCACUCCGCCCCCUUGACCACAGAGAUGGCAUUCUGAGCUAGCUGUCCAUGGCUUUCUGAGAAACCUCGCCCUCACCCUCCCCUAGGAGCUGCAUCCCCGUUCUAGCAGUGGAGGCUGAUUCCCAGGUCUGCUCCCUGAGCCCCGCCCACAGGCAGGCCCACUCCCCAGCUCUGCCCCUCCAAGGUACUAUAGCAGCUUCCCCUACCCUGUACCGUCUUUGUAUAUGGGCUUCUCACUAAAAUAAAUAAACAAUUCCAAGUUUG